AUGGCUAAAAUCAGCACCGCGCAGAUCAAGGAGUUGCGCGAAAUGACUGGUGCUGGGAUCAUGGACUCGAAGCGAGCUCUUGAAUCCGCUGACGGCGACAUCAAAACGGCCGCUCAGGCGCUCCUGGAGAAGGGGCUGGCUUCGGCUGCAAAGCGGGCCGGACGCGAGGCUGGAGAAGGCGUUAUCGAGGCAUAUAUCCACACCGGAUCUAGGGUUGGCUCACUAGUGGAACUUAACUGCGAGACCGACUUUGUUGCUCGCACCCCAGAGUUCAAAGCCCUGGCUCGCGAUUUGGCGAUGCAGGUUGCCGCGAUGAGUCCACGUUACGUUGACCGGAAUUCGAUUCCGGGAGACGCCGGGGAUGUUUCUGAAGACGAGAUAUUGCUCGACCAGAUGUACAUCCGAGACACCAGUGUAAAGGUCGCGGAUCUGGUGACGGAGUUGAUUUCAAAAGUUGGCGAAAACGUCAAGGUCGGACGCAUCGAGAGCCGCAUUUUGCUGAAACUCAGCGGUGAGUCGUUCAAAGGCGGCAAGAACUUCGGCAUCGACUAUCAGACGGUCAGAUACAUCGCUGGUGAAAUCAAACAGGUUCACGACGCCGGUGUUGGUAUCGGGGUCGUCGUCGGUGGUGGAAACAUGUGGCGCGGCACAGAUUAUGAAGCGCAAGGGAUGGAUCGUUCCAGCGCUGAUCACGCCGGAAUGCUUGCGACCGUGAUGAAUGCAUUGGUCUUGCACGACCAGCUUGAGCGCGAUGGUAUGCCGGUUAGGACCAUGACCGCGAUACCGAUGCCAACUGUCGCCGAACCAUACGUUAGGUCGCGUGCGCUGCACCACCUUGAACGUGGGCGCACGGUCAUCUUCGCCGCCGGCACAGGCAACCCGUUCAUGUCGACCGACACUGCCGCAAGCUUGCGGGCGCUCGAGAUGAAUGCUGGAGUACUGGUGAUGGCGAAAAACGGCGUUGACGGCGUUUACGACGCGGACCCGGCGACCGUCCCGACGGCGAAGAAAUUCGACCACAUCACUCAUCAUAAGCGUUGGAACUCGGCCUACGUGCCCUCGACUCGACCGCGUUGUCGCUGGCAAUGGACAACAAGAUGCCGAUCAUCGUGUUUGAUAUGUUCAAACUUGGCAAUCUAG